AUGGCCCGCACGAAGCAGACGGCUCGCAAGUCGACGGGGGGCAAGGCGCCAAGGAAGCAGCUGGCGACAAAGGCCGCGCGCAAGUCGGCGCCCGCGACGGGCGGUGUGAAGAAGCCCCACAGGUACAGGCCCGGAACUGUGGCGCUGCGCGAGAUCCGCAAGUACCAGAAGUCCACUGAGCUGCUGAUCCGCAAGCUGCCCUUCCAGCGCCUGGUGCGCGAGAUCGCCCAGGACUUCAAGACCGACCUGCGCUUCCAGUCGAGCGCUGUGCUGGCGCUGCAGGAGGCGGCGGAGGCUUACCUGGUCGGCCUGUUUGAGGACACCAACCUGUGCGCCAUCCACGCCAAGCGCGUCACCAUCAUGCCCAAGGACAUCCAGCUGGCGCGCCGCAUCCGCGGGGAGCGCGCGUAA